AUGGAGAGGUUAAUUUUAACAGCUCUUUUACUUUUUUGUAUCUGUUGUAAUGAUGUCACAGCUAAAAGAAGAGUUUAUCAUGGUAAAAGUGGCAAUAAGAUAGUAGGAGGUUACAAUACUACCAUACAAGAUGUGCCCUACCAGGUAUAUUUGCUACUGCAGUCGGGAAACGAUUUUUUCCAAUGUGGAGGAUCGAUUAUAAGUGAAAGAUAUAUUUUAACAGCAGCUCAUUGCCUGGAUGGGAUGGAUAGAGUUAUAGUACGAGCAGGAAGUACUGAGGCCAAUAGCGGUGGUACCCAAUAUAAUACGACUAGGUUUAGGCAGCAUCCGUUGUACAAUGCAUCUACUUUCGACUAUGACGUCGGCGUGAUUAAUAUUCCUGGAGGAAUGACAUUAGAUGGAGUAAACACAAGAGCAGUUCGCUUACCGAACAUGGCUACCACUAUAAAAAAUGGUACUAUUAUUCUGGUAUCUGGAUGGGGAGAUACUACUGAGAAUGGUCAGGUAAGUGAGAAUUUAAUGGCAGUGAAAAUUCCAACGAUAUCUCAAGAUGAAUGCCGCCAGACUUAUAGUACACUUACGUCGAGACAAUUUUGUGCUGGAGUGCCUGAAGGCGGCAAAGACUCUUGUCAGGGUGAUUCUGGAGGUCCUGCAGUGUCAACAGAAACUAAUCGUCAAUUGGGUAUAGUUUCAUUCGGAAGUGGAUGUGCUAGACCCGGCACUCCUGGAGCUUAUACAAAUGUAUCGAGAGUUAGAAUGUGGAUCAGAUUAGCUACUGGCGUA